AUGGCAGUGUGGUUCCUGCGGAAGGCAUCUGUGUGGUUAAAGAAGCACAAGAUCACUGUGUUGGCUGUUUCUUGCAUGGGACUGCUUGGAACUAACCUUUCCUAUCAUGUGUUUCCUGAGCAGACAUUCAAGCUGUUGCAUGAGUGCUGGUCAGAGGGGCAGCCAGCUGAGCUUUCAGAGAAGCUCUGUGGUGUGUUUCAGGAUGUCCUUCAGGAUACUGGUGUGAAGUCCACUGACUCCUACAGAGCCUUUGCAGCUUCUGGCUUUCACCCUGUGAGCGCUGGAAUUCCCUGGCUGCCUGCAGGCUCUUUGGUGGGCAUCCCACUUAACUUUGAUAGCACAGCUAAAGAUCAAAAAGGAAUAGUCAACCAUGUUGUUGUAAUAAAUGGCAAGAAAGUAGACUGGGAGAGCAGUGAAGGCACGGCUUUGAAGGAAGCUCUCACAUUUUCCCUUAAAGCUCAGAAGUUUGCUAUUGCCAGAGAAGUUGUGUACUUGCAGAAUGGCAGCCCUUUAGCAAGUGCAGUUGUGGCUCCAACUUGCUUGGCUGGGACGUUUGUCUGUGGGAAAGCUCUAAAUCUGCUCCUGGGGUUAUCCACGGGCCCCGUGAUCCUCCGCAGCCUCUGUAACCUUGUCACUGCCAUGGGAGGGCUGUUCUGCUACAGCGUCUCUUCCGACGCCGUCACCUAUCACCUGGACUGCAGGGCUGACAGGAAGGCAGCCAGGCUUUCUGAGGACUACGCCAGAGGUGGCCUUGAAUUUUAUGAUCAAAUCUUGUCCCGCAACAGGAUUUUUCGUGGUCUGAUGGGCAAACAAGGGAUGAAAAUGUAUGCCCCGAGUGGUAACCUUUUCCCGAGGCACUGGUUCAGAAUAAAAUAUACCCCAUACACUUACCGGAGAACUUUGAUUGUUAAUAUUUUAAGAGAGCUCCAGGCAUCAGAUAGGAGUGCUUGA